GUGCUUCACAGAACGAUGAUGGCUGCAGACCCAAGGACGAAACAAGAGUGAACACAAAUGGAUCAGAUGAUCCUGAGGUUGCAGGGUCAGGAGAAAAUAAGAGAGUCAAUGGGAACAAUUCUCCAUCACUUUCUAAUGGUGGUUUUAAGCCUUCUAGACCUCCAAGACCUUCUCGACCACCUCCACCAACCCCACGAAGACCAGCAUCUGUCAAUGGUUCGCCGUCUGCCAAUUCUGAAAGCGAUGGAUCUAGCACAGGUUCUUUGCCAUCAACCAAUACAAAUGCAAACACAAAUACAAAUACAUCUGAAGGAGCAACAUCUGGAUUAAUAAUUCCUCUUACUAUAUCUGGAGGCGCAGGCCCUAGGCCACUAAAUCCUGUAACUCAAGCUCCCCUACCACCUGGUUGGGAGCAGAGAGUAGACCAGCAUGGCCGUGUCUAUUAUGUAGAUCAUGUUGAAAAAAGAACAACUUGGGAUAGACCAGAACCUCUACCUCCUGGGUAAGUGUCUAAAUUUAAAAA